AUGGAAGGCGAGGGGCGUAUGAUCCCGACAGGGAUCGGCGGAGCUAAGCUGAAGUUCCUUGAUUCUGACGCUGGCAAUACCAGGGAAAAGGAAGGGGAAGAGAAAGCUUCUGUGAACGACCCCAGCAGCAUGAAAGGCGAGGGGCGUCAGCCUAAUAGAGGAGCGCCAAUAGGGAUCAGCGGAGCAGAGCUGAAGUGCCUUGAUUCUGGCGCUGGCAAUACCAGGGAAAAGGAAGGGGAAGAGAAAGUUUCUGUGAACGAACCCAGCAGCAUGAAAGGCGAGGGGCGUCAGCCGAAGAGAGGAGUCCCGACAGAGAUUGGCGGAGCAAAGCCAAAGUGCCUUGAUUCUGACGCUGGCCUUAGCAGGGAAACGGAAGUGGAAGACACAGUUGCUGUGAAGGACGCACUCUGGUUACAGCUUCAUAAGUUGAAAGAGCAGGUGAAGAGUAUGGAUGGCUGGCUGAGAGCACUUCAGAAGGAGCAAGGUGGUCUUAGUCAGUCCGCUGGGGCAAACAGAGGGGCAGCAGAGCAAGCGAAAGAGGAAGGGGAGGAAGAGGAGGAGGACUAUGCUCCCGAUGAGGCAAUCGGAGCGGCAGCAGAGAAAGCAAGAGCUGAGGAGAGUCAGGAGUUGGAAGAGCGGGUGAAGGCUAAUGCGGUGCUGCAGUGGGCUCCCUGCUCUGGAGUCCGGAUCAAGCAGGGUCAACCUGAUCAGCCCGAUGUGGCAAACGGAGCGGCAGCAGAGAAAGCAAGAGCUGACGAAAGUCCGAAGCCACGUCAGCUGCUGUCUCGGGCGGGCAUGGUUCACUACUUGGAUGCGACGGGUGCGUGGGAUUACGAUCUGUGCGAGUGCUGUUUUGACCGUGCUAUAAGCAAGAGGGCACAACGAGCACUUGCCAUAAAGAGCCUGGAGGACGUGCGUGGCCGCCACCUGGGCAGGAAGCAGCCUCGUUGCACCCCUGCCGCAGCACCCGAGCAGCAGCAGGAGGCCGAUUUCAGGAUCUUUAGUGGAGCAAAGGAGCUGCAGGUGCUGCGAGGGGGGCACAGACUCUCGGCGCAGGAGCAGGUUGAAUGGAAGGAGGAAUGGGCGCCUUAUUACUGUGCAGAAGCGAUGCUGCUCGAGUGGAUGGCUGAGCCUCGUGUGGGUGUGCUCAUGGACCUAGGGAGGAUCAGAUCCCGCCUGCCAUCCAUUCUGGCCGAGCUAGGGGCGGGCAGGCAGGGGAAAGACGACUGCUUUGCGUCCAUGCUGGUUCAGGUGCUUGGUGUGAAGGAGAGUGCUGACUUGCAGGAAGGGUUUGGGUUUUUUGUGCAGCAUGUGCUGUCAGGCGGGCUGGAGAAGGUGCAUGGAGAGGGGAGGGGGGGGGGCGAGAAGAGAGCUUCUGAAGAGACGAAUGCAGAGGGGAAGGGGGGAUGUGAGGGUAUGGGGGAAGGCAGUGCAGAUCAGACGGGGAGACACGCGGGGCUGGAGCGGGUGGUUGGUGGGGGCAGAUUGGGGGAGAGAUUGUCCGUGGGGGGAUUGGUGGAUGCUUCACAUGGGAAGGAGGAUGAGAUGCACGGAGAGGAGGAGACAGAGAGCAAGGUAGAAGUCCAAGGGGUUGCUGGCAAGUGCAGGAGGCUUGCUACAGCCAUUGCUACAAAUGCUGGGCUCGUGCCUGUCGAUAGGCCAGAACCAAUCAAAAGACUUGUGCCUGUCAACACGAACCUUGUGGUUGCUGCAUUCACCUAUCGGGCCCGUUGCAUCUUGCAGUUUGGCGCCAUUCCCAAGCCUCUGGAGGGAAGCGACGUUCCGUUGGAGUGGGAGGAGUGGCCUCGGGGCGAUGAAGCUGCUGCGAAGUUUCCUGUCAACCCGAAAGAGCGAUGUUUUGGGCUUGGGAUUGUGGAGGAUUGCAGUGGACCAGCAGAGAAGCGGACAUCGCCUCAACCUCCUCGGCACACAUCUGAAGCAGCAGGGGAAAGCAGGAGUGCACGGGGAAAAGGUUGUAAGGCAGCAGGGCAGGAGUGCAGUGUGGAAGCCACACAGAGCAGAGCGAGUGGGAAAAAGGCUGAAGCAUCUGGAAACGCCGAGCAGAGAGUCACACUACCGCCCGCGAGAAAGAAUUUUCCUAUCGUGCGCUGCGAGGCAGAUGUGGAGUUGCUGGUGGGGCUAGCCGGGUACGUAUUGGACCCUCCUGCAUGCACCCACUGCACCCGCUGCUCCACUGACUUCAUGAAUUUCGCAUGCUCCGUUGCUGUCAUUGCCAACUUUGCCUACCGCCCUGUCAGUCACCUGUUUGCCCGGGUUCUCUCGGCGUUCCCGCCUGCCUCCCCUGGGUUUGUCAAGCUGGUAGAGUGCUUGGACCUCCCUGCUCCCCUGCCCGGGCCUGUGAAUGUGCGUAUGCUGCUGGAGCGAGCCGAGCAGGUGCCUCUUUACUUCCUCAUUCACAUGGCUGUGUGGUGCGCGCACGCUCUUUUAAAAAACGAUAUGGACGAGCGGGAAGGCAGUGGAAAAGGGAAAGGGGGCACAGGUGGGAGGUUGGGGGUGCAGAGCCGCUGGGAUGGUGAGGAGGGUCAGGAGAACGGUGGAGAGGUGUGGGAGGAGGUGGUGAUGUGGUAUUCCUCGGUGAUGGCUGCAUGGAGGUUCAACGUGGGGAGCAAGGGAGAGAGCGAGGAGUGCAGAGGCAGCAGGAAGUGGGAGAGGCCGGAAAGGGGGUGGGACAUUACAUGGAUUCUUGAAGCAGCGAUUGUCCCCAGGUACUGUGAGGGGUUGCAAGGGAAGCGUGGGACUCCAACGGAGAGGAGCACUGGUGGCAGCAGCAGCAACUUGUUGAAGUGGGGUUGGGCGGGUGGCAGCAGCAGCAACCGAAGUGAGAAGUGUAAGAAGGGGGAGGAACCGGCGCACCUGAAGGCAUGGCCAGGGGGGGUCAAGCUGGUGGCAUGUCUGCGAGAGAUGCUGCUGGGGGAGCCCUGCUACCGCCCUGCCUCCCCUGCUACUCCUCCUGCUGCCACGUCCACCCAUGCUGCUUCUUCCACCUGUCCUGCUGCUGCUGUGUCUUCUCGUCCUGCUGCCUCGCCCAACCCCACUUCAACAAGCAUUGGUGUUCCUGCUGCUUCUGCCGCCGCUGCUGCUGCUGCUGCUUCAGAUGACCAAGGCCGUGUGUGCGGUGAUGCGGGGUGUGGGAGGGUGGAGGGUGGUGGUGGUGGGAAGUUGAGGAGUCGCGGUGGGUGUGGCAAGGUGGCGUAUUGCAGCAGAGGCUGCCAAAAGACGCAUUGGCCCUCCCACAAGCUCACAUGCCCCGGCAGGACCAGCGGGAAGUGGCGUGGGAAGGAUGGGAACCGAGAUGGCUGCGAGAAAUCUGGCAAGGAGAGUGGUUGUGAGGUUAGUGGUGACAGCGAUGGUAAGGAAAGGUGGGGGAAUGGUGGAAAGAUGAUUGCACAGGAAGGUGCAUGGACAGCCUUGAAAGCAUCAGCGAGGAGAGUUGGAUGA